UCAUACUUCGUGUAGUACGAUAUUUAGUGCUUUCGAAACAUGGCCGAUUUAGAAAAAGAAAGUUUGUCUAAUCUGUCAGAAGAAACAUCUUUGAAUGAAAACACGUUAGAAUUGAGUUCAAAAGAAGAAAAACAGGCUGUAGCGAGUAAUGUUGGAGGAGCCAAAGCUUACUUUAAUAAUGAAAACAAAACUGAUGAUUUAAGUAAAAAAUUAACGAAAUUAAUGGAAAACAUUCAAAACAAUCCAACUUUGACAAGAGAAAUGAAGGAAACAUCUCCAGAGAUGACGAUGAAACUGCUGAUAAAGCGUUAAAUGAGAUGGACGAACAGAAUGACGACGAAAAUUAUGAGUCAGCCGAAGAAUUUCUAAGUCCCGAAGAGGCGGAGGAAAGGAUGAAAGAGGCUUUGGAACUCAAGAAGAAAGGAAAUGACCACUUUAGGAGACAGGAAUACACAGAAGCACAAGAUUUAUACACCAAAGCAAUUAAAUAUUGUCCUAAGGAAGAAACUGAAAAUAAAUCAAUAUUCUAUGCUAAUCGAGCAGCCUGCUGUCAAAAAUUGGAAGAUUAUGAAAAUGGAAUUAGUGAUUGUGAUAGAGCCUUAGAACUUUCCCCAAACUACCUCAAGGCAAGAUUGAGAAGGGCACAGUGCUAUGAAAAAGUUGACAAGCUUGAAGAGGCAUUGGAGGAUUACAGGAUCGUGUUUGAAAAUGACAAAACAUGUCAUCUUGCUCACGAAGCGAUAUUGAGACUACCUGAUGAGAUCAAAAUCAAGCAUGAAAAGUUAAAGGACGAAAUGAUAGGCAAAUUGAAGGAUCUUGGCAACAUGGUACUGCGGCCAUUUGGUCUUUCGACAGACAACUUUAAAUUACAACAGGACCCUAAUUCUGGAGGGUAUUCUAUCAAUUUUCAGAAAUAACAAAUCCGAGGAGCAAGUGCAUAAUAGUAAAUACCAUUGUUUGCCAAAACAUUAAAUUGUAUAGCUAUUUCAAUACAAGCCAUAUUAAAUCCGAUUAUGUACAAAUAAAUGUUGCUAGUGAUAUUUAGAUAUUGUUCUCCUACAAGACCUACAGUCAGCUGUUUCUCUUUUUAACCAUGCUUUGGCAUUGUCAUGCUUUGUGAACAAUUCUCGAAUAGCACAGCAACAAAAUUUAUUUUGUAAAACAUAACAUCCUUAACUCAUAAUCUUUAUAGUUCUUUAUCAAUGCGUACAUUUGAAGGUCAGAUUAAUUAUAUCUGUGCUGUCAAAUA